CUAUUAAGGAAAUGCUAAGGAGUAUGUAGUAUUGCUGCACUGCCAUGUACAUUAAAAGAUGACCUACUACAUCUAUGAACCCUGUGAGAAAUAGAGAAGUGACCAUGAUUGUUCCUCUCCCUUCACGGCUGUCGUGUCCGCAUUGAGCCGACUUCCGCCCUCACCUGGGGCCCUUAUCUCCCUGAGGCGUAGUGCGGGGAUGAAGUCACUGGUAAUCAUGUGAGUGUGGAGGGCGGGACAGGUCGUAAGCGUCGGCUAGAGCCCGCACACCGGGAGUUGGACCGUACUCGCUAUGGGUCGCUUUGUGGAGAGCUCGGCCCGCCUGUGUAUAGGACUCCUGUCAUUCCUCUUCUGGGUUUCUGCUGCUGCCUUGAUAUUUGCUGGAUACUUCUUAAUAAUACUUUAUAAGAGAUACAAGCCUUUCUUUGUUGGCUUCCACAUACUUUUACCCAGUGGUUUUGCUGUAACAGGCGCUGUCUUGCUUGUUCUUAAUGGUCUAUUGGGAUUCAAAAUUUCAAAUCGAGGUUCUCGCUGUCAGCAAGGAACUUUCAUGUAUUUUAUUGUUGUUUUGCUAUGCCUAUUGACCUCCGGAGUGGUGUUGGCAUAUGUCUGUAUACACUGGCUAGACUAUGAAUUGACGCCUAUGCAGAAUGCCUUUCAACAGUAUAAUGGUAGCGGAAUGUUUGUCAAUAAAAUUCAAAAAGAGCUUCACUGCUGUGGCCUUCAAAACUACUCUGACUGGGAGAUGACACCAUGGUAUAAAUACUCUGGCAAUAACACUGUACCCACAAGUUGCUGUAAUAUGGCUUAUUCAGCAUGCACCGGAAACAUUACAGAGUCGAAUGAACUGUAUUCAGAGGGCUGCUUUGUAAAGCUGCAGUACAGACUAUCUUUUUACUUAUUUUGGUUGGUAUGGUCUGGUAUUGCUAUAACUGGCACACAGGUGCUGGCAGUUAUUUCUGAUGGGGUAUUGAUGACUCGAAACCCUUUCCAAGAUUUCCGGAUACUUGAUUCUGGAACAUUUGCAUAGAACCUGAAGACUAUCGUGCAGAUUUACUGCUAAAUAUGUUAGAUUUUUUUUGGUACAUUUUUGUGCAAAUUUUUUACACCUUUUUUGAGUGUUCAAAAUUAUUUCUAAAAGAGAUUUUCUGCUAAUGAGUAAUAUGUAAAUAUAUCAUAAUGAAAUGAUACAGUAUAAUUUUCACAAGAACAUGGUUUAAAGAAUAAUUAGUAUAUCUAAAUAAACACCUCCUUUUGUGUGUGCUAAAAUGUGAAUAAACUGUGCAUCUUGUGUUUUUGUUGAGGCUAAAGUUUUGGAAGAAGCAAAAAUGUUGAUCAGAUUUUAUUGGGAGGCCAUUUAUGACUAAAGUUUGAUUUAACAUGAGAAAUGCAUAUUACUUGUCAAGUUGAAGAAAUUACCCAAUAUCCUAAAUUUUUUUGUAUUUUGGGGUGCGUGGAGGUGUGGAAAAGAAAAAAGUGAUCACCUACCCC